AUGCUGCCAUCUCAAGAACGUGUUAAAUUGCGUGUACACUUGGGAUCGCAUACAGAAUGCCAAUAUCUACUCGCAAGCUAUGGUAUAACUAGAGGCUCGCUUCCUCUGAAGGGAAAGGAAAGUGAGAUGGAUUUGAGCUAUCAGAAUGCUUGGUUUCAGAGACGGAUGCUUCGAGAGGAAGAGCAACGGCUAAAAGCUCCUGUUCCCAUUCCUUUUAUUAAUACCGCUACAACGCACCAACGGAACGAAUCCUGUCAUGACACCGCAUCAGGCCCGGACAAUGCCAAUGAAAACGAUGUCUUGUGCUUGGCGAAAAGAGUCAAAGGGGUAGGAAACGAACGGCUGCAUUCCUUGGCGCUCAUUUAUCUCGCAGCGUAUGACAAUGGAAGUAUUUCCAGUCGUCGCACCAUUGUAGGUGGGAUCAUUGAUGAAGUCCACAGGCAUGGCGGUAGAUUUCUGAAGCCAGACCCUCGAGCUGCUUCAGAAACAGGUUUGGUGCCAUCAGAGGAUGAAGGGAAGAUCAUUUGGAUGGAACUAUCGCCGGACGAACAGCGUGUUAAGGUCACACAGCUCUUCCGCAAUUUGCGUCGUCGGCGGUCUCGACCGAGCGCAAACAGCGCUUCCAUUGUGGGGCUUCCAUCCUUGACAUCAUCACCAACGCCGGCUAUAGUCGUAGAACAGGUCGGUCCAAACAAUGUCUUGUUUGGGCCACGGCUCAGUCAUCCAGGCAAUCGACAACUACGAGAGCUUGUUAUCAGGUUAUCAGACGAGUACAACCGCACCGAUCGUUGA